AUAGAAUGGCUGAAAAAUUUUAGUUCCCGUGAGAGUGUGUUAUACGCUCUAUUUCACUUGCACAAGCCGUAAAAUUUUGACAUUUUUUAGCAGCAGCUGUUUAGUACUCUCUCUAAAAUGGUGGGUUGAGCUUUCUGCAACUAUGCCUGUGGCAUUUUCCUUUCAUUUAUCUGUAACAAAAGUGCCAAAUGAAGAUGGAGGAAGGAGCCAAGAAAGAAGAAACCGGGGAGCUCAAAGAGUUUUUUUCAAAUGGACUUUAUCAUCUUCCCAAAUCGCGUGCACUUGUCAUGGAUCCAGUUCGAGUCCUCAACGCCUUCUACACCAAUUUUAGGGUUUCCCCUUCCAUGUACUACUGCCGUUCCUUCGAAUCGAUCAGCCAUGGAGAAAAACCAGUCUCUGAAAGUCGAAGGAAAAGGAAGAGAAAGAGGAGGCCCUAUGCUCUCAAUGAAAGGGAACUCGCUGCUGAAAUGAGACACCAGGAGGCAAGACCUUUCUUGUUGGAUGCCCAUAAAGCUCUUUUAGAAGAAAUUGAUUUUAUGAGCAUACUUCCCAGUCUCAAAAGAAAUGGAUGUCCUACUAAUGGAAUUGAAAGCUUGUCAAAUGCUGAACAAGUUACGGAACCAUCUUUUGUUGAGCUUGGGCACCUUUGGCAAGCUCCUUAUUACGAGAUAUCUCUUCGUUUCCGUGACCAAAGUACGCCAUCUGAAGAUUUCACAGGUGCGGAGCCCAUUCAGUAUUGCAAGGAAGUUUCUAUGUCGCUAUUUAACAAUUUAGUCUCAAAUUGGACAGAUGAUGAUAUGAAGGCACAAUUUCUUGACAACUUAUAUAUACUGCCUAGAAAAUGCAGGUUCCACAUGUCUGACUUGAGACAAAUCCAUCAUCUGAUUCCAGCUUCUUCAGAUGAUGGGUUCAACCUAAUAGUCAUUGAUCCGCCAUGGGAAAAUCGAAAUGUGCACACCAAAUCAGUGCAAGUACUCAAUUCUCUGUUUGGAUGGUUUGUUAUACAAAUGGUAAAGAAGCUUGCUCAUUCGGAAGGAGCACUUGUUGCUUUGUGGGUGACGAAUAGGGAGAAACUACGAGUGUUCGUUGAAAAAGAGCUCCUCCCUGCUUGGGGGGUAAAUCAAGAAACCAUUUUUUACUGGCUAAAGAUAAAAGAAGAUGGAAGCUUGCUAAGUGAUCUAGAUCUCAUUCAUCAUAGGCCCUAUGAAUGCCUUGUUCUGGGUUAUACACAAGGAAAGGGUGGUAAUUUCUGUGACCAGCAGAAGUAUACACCUUUGAAAGGUGAUCAAGUUGUCAUUAGCAUCCCUGGUGAUCACUCGAGAAAGCCCCCCAUUGGAAACCUGCUAACAAAUCACGUACCAGGACCGCUGCCUGCAAGGUGUCUUGAGCUUUUUGCUAGAGAGUUGAUGGCUGGAUGGACUUCUUGGGGCAAUGAGCCGCUUCGAUUCCAACACUCGAGAUUCUUUUUGAGUAAAAAAUGCUGAGGAAUUAUAAUGUGCGUGUGUGGGUGAGAGAGAGAGUGAGAGAGAGAGAGAGAGAGGGAAUCAUUUGUAGAUGUGGGGCUUUAGAUUAGCAUCGUAGUUGCCUAUGCUAAAUGCAAGAACAUAAUGUGCAUUGCAGAGGGGCUUUGUGAUUAAACCUUACUGAGGUAGUUCUCUAUCUCUCUAUCAUCCUUUAAUUCCAAUUAGCAUCUAAGUGGCCUAUGUUUAAUGCAAGAGCAUAAUUAGCAUCGCA